UGUUUAGCAUAGUUGCAGGAAGUGUGGGUGAAUAAAGCCGCAGCUUUCUGGUUGGGUAACAAGUAAAGGGGAACUCCAGCCUACUAAAAAAUACUUGGAACAUUGUAGAGUGAGAUAAGCUCAGGAAAGAAACCUCUUAAAGUUAUUUGUGUUUAUAAGCUUAUUCCUGAGCUGUGCAUAUGAGGAUCUGCUCUUAACAGUCUACAUACUUUGAGAACUGAACAGUGGCAUAUUCCAUUACCCAAGUCCAAACUGGUUAAUGGGUAGUGCACACAUGGGACAGAUGCAAAUAGCCCUGCAAGAAGACUUGAAAACUGAACUGGUAUCGGAACUGCAGCUCACAGAAGGCUCAUGGAAACUUCCAACUGUUGAGUCUAACUAACUCUGGUCCCCUAAAACAAAAAUAUCAACAUUCUCCAUAGGAUAUAAACAAGACCCAGUGUCUCAUAACAUAAAAGACAAAAUAUCUGGAAUACAAUUCAAAAUUAGUUGACACAUAAAGAAUGAGGAAAAUCUGAAGUUGUGUGGACAAUGAUAGUUCAAUAGACGUCAGUGACAAGAUGACACAGAUGUUGGAAUUAUCUCACAAAGACAUUAAAGCAGUUAUGAAAAUGCUGUAACAACUAAGGGCAAAUGCAACAGGAGGGACUGGAAAGGGAGAAAGUUUCAGCCAUUAAAUAGAAGAUAUAAGGAGGAAUCAAAUGGAAAAUUCAGAACUAAAAAAUAUAAUAACUGAAAUUUAAAAAUACACUGAAUGGACCCGAUAGCAGAAUGGUAAUGAAAAAGGAAAGGGUCGGUGAACUUAAAGAUUAAUCAAUACAAAUUUUCCAGUUUGAACAACAGAGAGAAAAAUGGGAGAAAAAUUCGAUAGAGCCCCAGAAACCUGUGAGAAAAUACUAGAAAGUCUAACAUUUGUGCAAUCUGACUUUGAGAAAAAUAAGAGAAAGAGUACAAUUCAGGAAGACUACUUAAGGAAAUAAUCACAGGAAACUAGAUUAUUGGCAAAGUCAGCAAAAGACAGAAACACAAAUUCAAGAAGCCCAAGAGAAAUACAAGUGCAGACAUAUCCUGUAUCACACGUAUUAGUUAUACAUCAUAAUUCCCCAUAGCUUAGUUAUAUAGGUCUCAGGACUCCUUAUCUAUUAAAGUAUAUAACCCAAGGAACUUGUAUCUUUAAUCUUAAACAUUAAAUAUAUAUUUAGGGAGUAUAAAUGCAUAUUUCUUACAUGCAUAUAUUGCAUAGAAGUGAAGUCUGGGCUUUUAGUGUAUUCAUCACCCAAAUACUGAACACUAUGCCCAACAGGUAAAUUUUCAGCCCUCACACCCACACCCCCUACCCCCACACCUUCGCCAUAUCUUCCUCUUUUUAUCUUCUUUCAGUGCCUGGAACACCAAAUAAAUAUUUGUGCAAUGAAUGAAUACAUUUUAACGUAACUGUCUCUUAACAUUUUAUCCUUAGUUUAAGGUCACGUAGUAUUCUUCUCAUAAGUCAGAACAAAGCUACCUUUUUACAAAUUGCGACAUAAUAAAGAAUAUAUAUUUGGUCUCCGCCGUGGCUUUUGGCACAGAGCUCCUUAAGUCCCUUGUCAUUUCCUGAGUGAUAGGAGCAUCUAUUAUUCUAAUGGUUUGAUCUAGUCUCAGUGUCCCGACAAAAGAGCUUUCAAGACCCAUGGAAUCUGGGUAAUGAUAGGAGUGUCUUUUUGUAUGCUGACAAGAUGAAUGGAAAUUUAAAGCCCCUAGAUAGCUCCAGGGUGGAGCUGGUUGCCAGAGAAACCAACCAUGUGAAUAGAGGAUUGGAACUUUCAGCUCCACACCAGGACUUCUGGAGUGGGGAGGGAGGACGGAGACCGACUUAACAGUGGCCAGUGACUUAAUAACCAUACCUACUUAAUGGAGCCUCCAUAAAAACCCUAAAUAAUGAGAUUUGCAGGGCUUAUGGGUUAGUGAAUAUAUCCACAUGCUGAGAGGAUAGUGCAGCCAAAUUCCAUGGGGACAAGCUUCUGCACUUGGGACCCUUCUGGACCUUGAAGAACAUAUAUAUACCUUUUCAUUUGGCUAUUCAUUUCUAUCCUUUGUAAUAUCCUUUAUAAGAAAUGGAUAAAUGUGUUUCCCUGAGUUUUGUGAGCCAUUGAACCUGAGGAGGGCAUUUGUGGGAACCCUCGAUUGAUCAGAAGUACAAAUAAUAACCUGGGAUUUGCAAUUGUCACCUGAAUUGGAAGUCAGUCUUAUGGAACUAAUGCCAUAACCUGGUAGCAUCUGCCCUAAGUCCAGGUAGCAUCAAAAUUGAAUUGUAUGAUACCCAAUUGGUGUCCAGAGAGUUGGAGAAUUGGUUGGUGUAGGAAAACCCUCACAUUUGGUGUCUGAAGUGAUGAAGGUAGAAGAGACAGUUUUUCACUUUUACAAAUGGUCAAGGCUAGGAAAUUCCCAAAACAUGGGAAUUUCCACCUAUUCAUGCUACUGAUCUUUUUUUGUGUCUAAUAUCUAAGGGCAAAAAUGUAGUGGAUUUUGGCCAUAUUGUGGAACAAGAAGGAAAUUAAAAUGUUGAUGUGAAAAAAAUUCAUAUCUUAUUCAACACAGAACAUUUUUAAUUGGUUCAUGUCAGGGCUGGUCUUUUUCAUGGUACUGAGCUCCUGUGUAAAACCAUCGUAAGCUCAGAGGUAUCAGGGAAAAAUGAUCAUAUUUGGAAUGAACCACUGGAAUUUGAUAUUAAUAUUUGUGACUUACCACGAAUGGCUCGAUUAUGUUUUGCUGUUUAUGCAGUUUUGGAUAAAGUAAAAACGAAGAAAUCAACGAAAACUAUUAAUCCCUCUAAAUAUCAGACCAUCAGGAAAGCUGGAAAAGUGCAUUAUCCUGUAGCGUGGGUAAAUACGAUGGUUUUUGACUUUAAAGGACAAUUGAGAACUGGAGACAUAAUAUUACACAGCUGGUCUUCAUUUCCUGAUGAACUCGAAGAGAUGUUGAAUCCAAUGGGAACUGUUCAAACAAAUCCAUAUACUGAAAAUGCAACCGCUUUGCAUGUUAAAUUUCCAGAGAAUAAAAAACAACCUUAUUAUUACCCCCCCUUCGAUAAGAUUAUUGAAAAGGCAGCUGAGAUUGCAAGCAGUGAUAGUGCUAAUGUGUCAAGUCGAGGUGGAAAAAAGUUUCUUCCUGUAUUGAAAGAAAUCUUGGACAGGGAUCCCUUGUCUCAACUGUGUGAAAAUGAGAUGGAUCUUAUUUGGACUUUACGACAAGACUGCCGAGAGAUUUUCCCACAAUCGCUGCCAAAAUUACUGCUGUCAAUCAAGUGGAAUAAACUUGAGGAUGUUGCUCAGCUUCAGGCGCUGCUUCAGAUUUGGCCUAAACUGCCCCCCCGGGAGGCCCUAGAGCUUCUGGAUUUCAACUAUCCAGACCAGUAUGUUCGAGAAUAUGCUGUAGGCUGCCUGCGACAGAUGAGUGAUGAAGAACUUUCUCAGUAUCUUUUACAACUGGUGCAAGUUUUAAAAUAUGAGCCUUUUCUUGAUUGUGCCCUCUCUAGAUUCCUAUUAGAAAGAGCACUUGGUAAUCGGAGGAUAGGGCAGUUUCUAUUUUGGCAUCUUAGGUCAGAAGUGCACAUUCCUGCUGUCUCAGUACAAUUUGGUGUCAUCCUUGAAGCAUACUGCCGGGGAAGUGUGGGGCACAUGAAAGUGCUUUCUAAGCAGGUUGAAGCACUCAAUAAGUUAAAAACUUUAAAUAGUUUAAUAAAACUGAAUGCCGUGAAGUUAAACAGAGCCAAAGGGAAGGAGGCCAUGCACACCUGUUUAAAACAGAGUGCUUACCGGGAAGCCCUGUCUGACCUGCAGUCACCGCUGAACCCAUGUGUUAUCCUCUCGGAACUCUAUGUUGAAAAGUGCAAAUACAUGGAUUCCAAAAUGAAGCCUUUGUGGCUGGUAUACAAUAACAAGGUAUUUGGUGAGGAUUCAGUUGGAGUGAUUUUUAAAAAUGGUGAUGAUUUACGACAGGAUAUGUUGACACUCCAAAUGUUGCGCUUGAUGGAUUUACUUUGGAAAGAAGCUGGUUUGGAUCUUCGGAUGUUGCCUUAUGGCUGUUUAGCAACAGGAGAUCGCUCUGGCCUCAUUGAAGUUGUGAGCACCUCUGAAACAAUUGCUGACAUUCAGCUGAACAGUAGCAAUGUGGCUGCUGCAGCAGCCUUCAACAAAGAUGCCCUUCUGAACUGGCUUAAAGAAUACAAUUCUGGGGAUGACCUGGACCGAGCCAUUGAGGAAUUUACACUGUCCUGUGCUGGCUACUGUGUAGCUUCUUAUGUCCUUGGGAUUGGUGACAGACAUAGUGACAACAUCAUGGUCAAAAAAACUGGCCAGCUCUUCCACAUUGACUUUGGACAUAUUCUUGGAAAUUUCAAAUCUAAGUUUGGCAUUAAAAGGGAGCGAGUGCCUUUUAUUCUUACCUAUGAUUUCAUCCAUGUCAUUCAACAAGGAAAAACAGGAAAUACAGAAAAGUUUGGCCGGUUCCGCCAGUGUUGUGAGGAUGCAUAUCUGAUUUUACGACGGCAUGGGAAUCUCUUCAUUACUCUCUUUGCGCUGAUGUUGACUGCAGGGCUUCCUGAACUCACAUCAGUCAAAGAUAUACAGUAUCUUAAGGACUCCCUUGCAUUAGGGAAGAGUGAAGAAGAAGCACUCAAACAGUUUAAGCAAAAAUUUGAUGAGGCGCUCAGGGAAAGCUGGACUACUAAAGUUAACUGGAUGGCCCACACAGUUCGGAAAGACUACAGAUCUUAAUGAUCAGCCUUCGCUCCUAAUGUAUUUGUUGGUUUCAUUUCAUUUUCAUUUUGCACUUGCACUAAAUUGAACAUGACCCUGUUAGAGAUGUUAUAAAGGGAAUGAAAUCCUGGAACUCAGAGUUAAAUUAAGAACAAGGCAUCCCACAGAACCUAAUCUGAACAAUCCCCAAUGAUUCCCUCUGCUUUUUGAAUGCUUCCAAGACUUAUCAUGAAAACUGUCAAUGGAUAAUCAUUUCCUGCUGACUUUGCACGCCAAGGAAUGCUACUAGGGAUUGUUUCUGUUUUUGUUUUUUCUAAUAUUUGGUACUUUCCCAGAAUGGUGUAAAUACUUCUUUUCAAUGUUGUGACCAAGUAUUGUCACUCAGCCAACAACUUUUCCACACCUGGGGGUUGGUGGCUGUUCUUACUUUCCAAAUGAGGCUAAAAAGAAAGACAUCUUUCUUCCCUUUUAAAAUUGUGUAAACUGCAAAUUAUAAUAUAAUUUGAAUUUAUGAUUAUUUUCCAGAAGAAAUCUUGUAAACCUGUGGAUACUCAUUAAUUCUUUUGUUAAUAUUUAUUUCCAUGAUAGCAUCAUUCCAGCCAGACUUGCUGAAAAUCUACUGGUGAGGCAAAUAUAAUAUAUAUAAAUAUGCUACAUAUAUAUUUAUAAAAUUUCUAGUGGGAGUUCUAUAUAAAUGUUUCUUUGGUAUUCUUCAGCCUGUGAUUUAAAGUUUUACAAAAAGCAGAGCUUUUUCCUAAGUUACUUUUCAGUUAGGUAACUGUGUGAUCCAGUUCUUCCAGCUGCUUCUAUAAUGAGGCACAUAUUAAUACAGUUUUUAUAUGGUAUCUAUGAAAGAGUUCACUUCAUAGAGAAUAAUACUUGAGCAAAUGUAUCCAAGAAAGCAAGCAAAUGAAAAGAAACCUAUUUAUGGAAUAAACUCCAGAUCUGAAAUUCAGUAUUUUAGAAAAAUGCCAGCUCUUCUUACUGUAUUUAUUAAAACUUGUAAUAAUGUGAUUUUUUCCAAGGAUAUUAGUUCAAAUUGAAAUGGUUUCAUGCCACACGGAAAUCUUUAAGUUAUUUGUUGAGGUACCAUAUAUUUAGGGUGCUAGGGGCAAGUAAUGUUAAUAUGUGCAAUAGGAACUACUGGUUUGAAUGUGUAAAUGGAUGAUCUCUCUGAGUCCUGGCAACAUCCAGCAAAACUACUGCUUAUUCUCCAAAGAAUAUUGGGAGCUCUCAAUCCUCAGUGAUAUGGGAAAGAGAACUGAGUAUUUGCCCUAUGACUGAGUUUUCUAUAGGAAUUUUAUGAAAGAAUUUUUAAUUUUGUUGUCCUCCGUAAUGUUCUCAGUCAAAUAAAUGAGUGAGCUGGUUUCGGCUGUUCUUGGAACGGG